GUGUGCGUGUGUAUGAGUUUGCGGGUUUGUAUGUGCGCGUCCGCGAGAAGGACAGAGAGAUGCUCCAGCUAUGCCGGAUCACCGACGCCUUGCUGAUCAGCAACGCGCGGUCGGCCUGCAGCGACGAGCUGAUCCGGCAGGAGGGCGUCACCCUGUGCAUCAACGUGUCCAAGCAGCAGCCCUUCCCCUCUACGCGUGUCUGCACGCUCAGGGUGCCCGUCUUUGACGACUCCAACGAGAACCUGCACAAGUAUUUUGACCGCUGCGCUGAUGCCAUCCAGGGUGAGGCGGAGCGCGGGGGCAACUGUGUGGUGUACUGCAAGAACGGGCGCAGCAGGUCCGCCACCAUCUGCGUGGCAUACCUCAUGAAGCAUCGAUCCCUCUCCCUGGCAGACGCCUUCCAGAUGGUGAAGGCAGCCCGAUCAGUGGUGGAUCCCAACCCAGGUUUCUGGACCCAGCUGGAGAAAUAUGAGCAGGAGCUGGAGAAGAGGAGGAAGACAGAGGGAAACAGCCUGACAAACCAGCCCUCUUAAUCUAGUGAGCCCCUCCAACUCAUGUGCACACCUUAAUGAACAGAAAUCACAGGCACAGAGAUGGAGAAGGCUGUAUCUGAUCCAGUGGUGAAUUUACAAAGAGCUCAAAAUACUUGAAAUUGCUGC